CAAAGUGGCUGUAUGAGAAAUCCCCCGAGGAGCAUGAAGUGUUUUAUUUUGAGAAAGGAGAACAAGAAGUAACCUCCUCCUCCUCCUCCUCCUCCUCCACAACACAUGCAGGCUUUUCAUCGCUGAAACUACUCCUGCUGCUCCUUUUCUAAGACGCUUCCUCCGAUGUGAAGCACGGGACCUGUGUGUUUUAGCCGGAUUGGUCCGUCACAGCAUCGGUCUCUCCUGUUUCUCAAACCGCUAGCUUUAGCUGCCGUAGUACAGACGCUUCUUCAGCUGAAAGGAAAAAGAAACACCCCCCUCUCACUAUUCUCACUCGAGUAACACGUUAAGGCGCCAAUUCCCCCAGAGGUUCCCGUCUGAUGGAGCAGUGGUUGUCAGUCUUUGUGAAGAGGCAGCAUGUUUCCUUGUCACGUAAGCCCCUGGCCCUCUGCUGAGCUGCCGGCCUCCUGCGGCAGUCAUGCACCCCCAGCGCAGCCCUCGCAACCCCUGCCGGAUCUCCUGUGCAGCUGUCCCGUACCACCUUUGAACACCCACUCCGAGACACCCUCCCCUGACCCCAUGGAGUCCCUCAUCGUGGUCACAGAGUACGAGCCCAGUAGACCACCCGGAGAGGCUGGGGAGGAAGAGGAGGUAGAAGAAAUGGACAGUUCUGAGACGCCCGAGCCAGCUUCCUCUGUGGCACCUUUCCGGACUCCUUCCUGCGACCUGCUGUCCCACACAGUUGGCCGGCAAGAGGCUCUGCUACCUGAAAGCCAAGAGCAAAGGGGAAGAUUAAACCUGUCAGACAGGAAACUAUCACUGCAGGAGCGCUCACAAACGUCAGCAUCGCCCUGCAGCUCUCCGGGACUCAACGGGCGCUAUAUUUACCCGUCACUGCCGUACUCACCCAUCACAUCACCCCACUCCUCUCCGCGCUUGCCCCGCCGGCCCACUGUGGAGUCCCACAGUGUUUCCAUCACAGAUCUCCAGGACUGCGUUCAACUCAACCAGUACAAGCUGAAAGACGAAAUUGGAAAGGGCUCCUAUGGCGUUGUCAAGCUGGCUUACAACGAGGAUGACAACACAUACUAUGCGAUGAAGGUGUUGUCCAAGAGGAGGCUGAUGCGGCAGGCAGGUUUCCCACGGAGACCUCCCCCUCGUGGAGCCAAAGCAGCCCCCGAAGGUCCCCCUCAACUUAAAGGACCCCUGGAGCGGGUCUAUCAAGAGAUUGCCAUUCUGAAAAAGUUGGACCAUCCUAAUGUGGUGAAACUAGUAGAGGUUUUGGACGACCCCAGUGAGGACCAUCUGUACAUGGUUUUUGAGCUGGUCAAGCAAGGGGCUGUGAUGGAGGUGCCGACAGAUAAACCUUUCAGUGAGGACCAGUCUCGCUUUUACUUCCAAGAUCUGCUCAGGGGAAUCGAGUAUUUACAUUACCAGAGGAUCAUCCACCGAGACGUCAAACCCUCUAACCUUUUGGUGGGAGAAGAUGGACAUAUCAAGAUAGCAGACUUUGGAGUCAGCAACCAGUUUGAGGGGGCUGACGCCCUCCUGACCAGCACAGUGGGGACACCCGCUUUCCUUGCCCCUGAAGCGCUCUCGGAGACCAGAAAGAACUUCUCUGGAAAGGCUUUGGAUGUUUGGGCUAUGGGAGUGACACUUUAUUGCUUCGUCUUUGGAGUGUGUCCAUUUAUGGAUGAGCGCAUCCUCAGUCUUCAUCAGAAAAUCAAGACACAACCUGUGGAGUUACCCGAACAUGCUGAUAUAUCAGAUGAUCUUAAAGAUUUGUUGCUGAAAAUGUUGGACAAGAAUCCAGAGACCAGAAUAUCAAUCCCACAGAUUAAGGUGCACCCAUGGGUGACGAGGCACGGAGCCGAGCCUCUUCCCCUGGAGGAUGACAACUGCUGUAUGCUGAUCGAGGUGACCGAGGAGGAGGUGGAGAACUCUGUUAAACACAUCCCCAGCCUAGCUACAGUGAUCCUGGUGAGGACUAUGCUGAGGAAGCGCUCCUUUGGGAACCCCUUUGACUGGGCCCGUAAAGAGGACCGCAGCAGUUUGUGCCCUCCGGGGCAAACGCUUACAAAAGGCAGAGCAGGCAAUGUGAGAUACUGCUACAUUCAUUGUGACCAAAGAAGGAAACAGGAGAGCAGUGAUGGCAUGAGGAGUGUGGACCUGCCCUACGUGGGAGAGGAUGAGGCUCUUUCCUGAUGCAGAGGGUUUAUUAUGCACGCCUGGCAUCUGCCUUGCCUGCAGCCACACACAACGACAACCCCUUUACUUACAGUUUUAUACUGGGCAUAUACUAUUGUUGGACUAUACUGGUACAUUUCCUGCAAGGUGGACACGUGUGGUGGACCCAGAAAAAAAGGGAGAAAAUAAAGGUUCCAAGGCCCUUUGACAACCUUUUUUUAAGCUUUUAUUGUCUCCUGUUAAAGUUUGGGAUUUAUUGAACUUGAGACUGUCACAUGGGAACCUUCCAGAAGAGGAACCUCAUGAACCAUGAACUUGUCUUCAGUCCUUAUUGCCCCAACCCACUCUCCUCCUCUUAUCCUGCAUGCGUUUAUAGUCCUCGCAUGCUUUGUCUCAGGCUUCUACUGUACAGUUUCCUUGUUUUAUUGAAGUCUAGCCACUUUCUCCUCGUCUUUUACUUGACAAUUCUUUCAGGUACAUGGGGGCACGGGAGCAGACGCCGGUUUAUUGGGGAGGGACGGUUUGUCUUCACCAUCAACCUCGGCACUCUCUUUAGUAGAGCGGGUUUCUUGACAAUGAUUGUCUGGUUCACUCUUGCUUGCUUCGGAUUAGCAGAGCCCAGUUUUGUAACAUAUUUAAGAGAAGAAUUUGUUCAGUCUUUCCCCAAAAUGAAAAAAAGGGAGUGAAAAAAUGUUUACUUCAUUGAAUGCAUGUGUUUACUUUCCCAAUGCAAACAAUAUAUAAGCUAUUAUUAACAUUUGCACGCACAUAGACAUACCCGUGUCACUCAAUGUUUGUUUUUGUGGUAUGGUAGUCUGAUCAAUGGCUCUUUAUUACAGCUCCCGUUUACUACAAUCAAUAGAAAGCUUUAAAAACAGUCGAUGUAGUGCUUUGUGAACAAUCAGAUUCAUCACGCUUCACGCAUCUUUUUUUUUUUGCAAAGCUAGUGCUCCUGGUGAAUUUUUUUUUUUUUAGUGAAUAAUAUGAUUUUUAGGUGUUUGUUCUAUAUUUUUAAAUUCAUAGAGCUUCAACAAUUAAAUAAUGAAGGUAGUAAUCUACCAAAUGCAUAUGACAAAUGCGAAAUGACUCGCAGCCAUUGUCUGCAAUGGUUCAAGUGUUUUUUUUUCAUGACUUUAGUUAAAAAUAUCAAAUUGUAAAUGUUCUUACUUCAAUUCUGUCUAAUUUUGUAAAGUAUAGAACUUCUAGAAAACAAACCUUUAAACCGUUUCUUCUUUAUCGAGCUAUUAGAGCUGGAUACGGAGAUCCGUUUUGAAAUGGAAGCAUAGUGCAGCUGCAGACUUUUUGUACAAAUCUAUGCAUGACAUAUCUGUAGAGGUGUUGAACUUAAAAAAAAAAUAUCCUUUUCAUCAAUAGGGCCACUCUGCAAAUAUUUCAAAUGAAUUCUUAAGUUUUUUUUUUAAAUUAUUAUUAUUUAUUUAUUGAUGUGUUUCAUUUUAGAUUAUCCCAAAGCAGUAAAUUUGCAUUUCGUGUUCCUUCUUCAUUUGUUUUGUCAAACAUGUCUGUGUAGAUAAAGUCACUAACAUAGAAUAUUGACAAGAUAUUGACUCUUACUUUUGAUGCUUCCACACACUAAUUCUUUCAGCACAUCAGUGUUGAAUGUAUGAGAAAGCGACUUUUUUUUUCUUCUACUUGCAUGUCACUCUGAACUGUAAAUCUGUUUUUUAAGACUAGUACUAUGCAUAUGAUGUGUCUUUCUCUGUAUGGUGCAAUGGUACACCCCGGCAGAUGGUCACGUACAGUGUGCACGCUCAGUGGCUGGAUGUGGAGGGCUGUCUGAUUCUAAUUUGUUGACGUUUUAUCCAGAAAGAUGUAAUUAAGUCGCGCUCUUCACUGUGGAGCGCUGCAGAUAAAGACAGGCACUCUGGUUUUAGAUUUCCAUAACAUUGUACUGUACUUUUGAAGGAUUAUUUUGAUAGCCAAUGAUCGUUUUAAUGCCCACGAUUUAGUCCGAAAAUGAACUGCAUCAAUGUCUAAAUGUGUGUCAUACUGUGAAAUGUCACCUAAUUUAAACAUGUAGAUUUCUAGAGACUAUUAUUACUUAUGUUUUUACCAACACUUACCGUACUUCCCCUUUGGUGUCGAUAUUUUGCCCUCCAUGAACCAACGAGGUUGAACUGAAGGAGGUUUUAGAUUCGGAACGAAGGGUGACUACGUACACAAUAGCUGUAAGAUAAAUAUUUUAUAUAUACACACAAUAUUUAAAUCUGUAGUCUUUGCCAAUUCUCGUCAGAAGAGCCAGGCUAAGUGAUUAAUUAACCUUUGUCGUUCACAUGAUUUAACAUUCAGUGGUGUGAAUUUAUUUCAUCGAGAGCUUUGGGGGCUCUUUUUCCCCAAAAUGCAUGCCAACAUACUGAACACAUACCACCGUACUGUCAUAGCAUGAGAGGUCUUUGACAACAAGAUGGGACCUUUUUAAAAUGAAUUAUUCUAUACAUACUGUAUCUUGUUCAUCAUUUGAAUAAAAUAUUAUUGCCUUUA